UGUGAUGUGAUGCAGAGUCCCCCAAUUCGAGCCUCUCAAACGCAUCAACCCUUUUCCCCAACCCUAACCUUCGCGGCUUCACAUGGCCAUAGCAUCGCCGCCGCCCUGGCCCUUCGAUCUCUAUCGCGGGUCUGGUUUCUUCCUCGAGUAGAAAUAUGUAAUCUGUUCUUCUUCUAAAACUUCAAUUCCUUGCAGACUCAAAAAGCAUCUCUCGCCGGAUUCAGAAAAUCGAGGCCUGGAAAUGCAGUCAAACGAGGGUUUGAUAUGAAGGUGUUGCCGAAAGAACCAUUGGUCUUAGAGAUAACGAUGGAAGAUUCGGUCGAGAUGGGUGGGAUUCUAUUUGGAUUCUUGAUGAGGUACGAGAAUGGUAGUUCGCUUCUCCCGCCUUUGAAUUGAAGAGCAUCCGUUGUUGCGGCCACCACAACUUUAGGUCCCUUUUUUCCCAAUGAUUCUCAGACCCAAUCGCCUUGAUUUGUAGAUUCGUCCAGGUCGGCAUAUCUUCUCAGCUUCCUUGUAGUUUCAAUUGAUGCUUGGCCGGGUCAAUGGUAGAAAUCACAGCCAACAUCCAACUGUUCAGGUCAUCUUCUGUUCUUGAUUUUAUCUGCUUAGCAUAGCUUGGUGAAAGUUCUCCUGUGUGAGUACCUAAGUUGAUGUUUUCGUGAGAGAGAGUGGACAAGUUUGAACUAAAAUAUUGUUAGUUUUUAUUUAAGUACUCCGUGGGAAGAUCAUCCAAACACCCAAUGCAUCUCUGUUCUUCAUGCCUUUCCUUAUUUUUUGUUCUCCUCUUUCACAUUUUAGUUUAACUCCUUAUAUAACCCUUUUCGAAAGUUUGACCUCUUUCUUUCUGGCGCUUAACUUAAAAUCGUCAAAGGACUAGGACAACAGUGACCCUGUGAGUUUUCUAGCAGAGUUGCAAUGAAGUAAUCUCCUAUUUCAGCUUUCGUAGUCACUAAAGUGGAGCAUCAGAGGAAGAUCUGCCUGUGGGUUCGCACCAGAGGUAGAAUGACAACUUGGAAAAGGAUGAGUCGAGGAACCAGCAUGGACUAGAACUAUUUCAUGGAAGGGAGAUGGCUGAAGAGAGAAAGGAUGAAGGUAAACGUGAUAAACAAUGGUUUGGGAGCAGCUCAAUGGAGGGACAAGAGUAAAAGAUGCCACGAAGGGAAAGUUAGAAAGAUUUUAUUGGGAUUACUCUUUCGACUUGAGAAUAGAUCAUCAGCUAAGGUUGGAUAUUUUUGGCCAAGGAGUAUGAUGUUGAUUUUUUUGAGUAUGAACAAUUAAAACUUUCAUGUUAGUGUAAUAGUUUUAUGGAGAUUGAAAAUUUCAUGGUUAGUGUAUAGAUAUAUUCUUUAAAGUUUUAUAUGUAUGUAUUUGUUUACGGCGAAAGGCCUUAGAUUUGUUUCUAUUUACAGCAGAAUGUUGCUGACAGUGUAUUGACAAAAGAAUAACAAAAUUGAUUAAUAUUGAAUUUGUAUCCCAUAAAUAAAUGACGCUUUAGCG